AUGAAUCGUGUGCUGUGUAGGUCUCUUUUGAACAUCCGCAUACGAGUACCGAUGGCUAGGAACGCGUCUUACCUCAUCGAGGACCCGAAGUAUUCCUUCCUUAAGGAUCUGGGCCUGGAGAAGACGAAUGUUGGCGUGUUCAACGGAAAGUGGCAAGCGAACGGACAGAUAAUCCAGUCAUUCAGUCCAGCUAACGGUAAAGUGAUAGCCGAAGUUCAAGCCGGCAGUUCUUCAGACUAUGAAGGAUGCGCAAAGGCAGCGGAGGAUGCGUGGCACGCAUGGGCGGAGCUCCCAGCGCCAGCGAGGGGCGAAGUCGUCAGGCAAAUUGGAGAUGCACUGAGGGAAAAAUUGCAACCAUUAGGACAAUUGGUGUCUUUGGAAAUGGGAAAAAUCCUUCCCGAAGCGAUCGGAGAAGUUGUUGAGUACAUUCACGUAUGUGACCUCGCGCUGGGCUUAUCCAGAACGCUACCAGGAACCAUCUUCCCAUCAGAGCGUCCAGGGCACGUCCUUAUUGAAAAGUGGAAUCCCCUUGGAGCCAUUGGAAUAAUAACAGCUUUUAACUUCCCGGUCGCUGUAUUUGGAUGGAACAGCGCAAUUGCCAUGGUGUGCGGUGAUGUAAGCGUAUGGAAGCCAUCGGAAACCACGCCCCUGAUUUCCGUGGCGGUGACGAAGAUUGUGGAAAGUGUUCUAGUGAAGAACAACAUCCCAGCUGCUGUCGCUUCACUUUGUGUUGGUGGUAAGGACGUUGGGGAACAACUCGUGAAGGAUCCUAGAAUGAAGCUGGUCUCUUUCACUGGCAGCACUGCUGUGGGACAACAGGUAGGCGUAGAAGUGCAGAAGCGAUUCGGACGCCACCUCCUGGAACUGGGAGGAAACAACGCAAUCAUCGUCAACUCUGACGCGAAUCUCGAUCUGCUGCUAAAUGCUGCACUAUUCGCGUGCGCUGGAACAGCUGGACAGCGUUGCACCACUACCAGGAGGCUGCUUAUUCACAAGAAAGUAUACGGCGAAGUGGUAUCAAAACUGAAGAAGGCUUUCGCGGGCGUCGUUAGCAGGAUCGGUGAUCCAUUACUUAACGAGACCUUGAUUGGACCUUUGCACACUCCAGCUGCUGUAGAAGCUUAUAAGAAGACUGUUGAAGAAGCCAAGAAACAGGGAGGCACUGUUGAGUUUGGUGGAAAGGUGAUGGAACGUGAAGGCUACUUCGUGGAACCGACGAUCAUCACGGGGUUGCCACACGACUCUCCCCUAGUCAAAACUGAGUGUUUCGCCCCAAUCGUCUACUGCCUGGAGAUCCCUGACCUGGACACAGGCAUCAAGUACAACAACGAGGUUGAACAAGGCUUAUCCUCCAGUCUGUUCACAGAAAACCUCGCUGACAUAUUUAAGUGGAUCGGUCCACACGGGUCAGACUGUGGUAUCGUCAACGUAAACAUACCGACAAACGGCGCGGAGGUGGGUGGUGCUUUUGGUGGGGAGAAGGCGACUGGGGGCGGUCGGGAAUGCGGUUCAGACAGCUGGAAGAACUACAUGAGACGCUCCACUGUUACCAUCAAUUACUCAGGCACUAUCAAACUGGCGCAGAACAUUAAGUUUGGUGAUGAAUAA